CGACAGCAAAAAAGUGUUUAUUUUUAAACUAAUUCAUGAAAGUAAGCCCCAGAUACCAAUAAAAAUGCUGGAACCAUCUGCCAGCUUUGGUGCGUAAGCUUUACGGCGAUACCAAUGGUGUUAAUUACACCGCAAUUUGAUCUUGUCACCUAAUUUACCUUCGGUAGAUGGGACAGUUGAUCGCCGGAUCGUAGUAAUCUGAGUUGCAGAAAACUUCGAUGCAACACUAAGGCAUCGUCAUAGAAUAGUGUGAUUCAUUUAUACGAUAGUCAGUUACUCUGAACAACCAUUACGCACUAUUUUCGGUUGGUCUGGUAGAGAGGCAGUUUAUCGCUUCCAUAUCUCCCUAAGCGAGCAUAAAUAAACUCCCUGAACUUUCUGGAAGUAAGUUUGGUUCUGGCCCACGGGGGCAAGUGGGCACGGAUAUUUUCUUCAUCACAUCUGCGAAAUUGUGACGUCGUGCGUGGGUGACAGAAAGAAUAGUUAGAACGGUUGGUCCGCCUAGGGAGGCGAUGCAGUGUCCGGGAUGCACCGGGGGCGCAUCGAAGGAAAAGCACCUGCUGUCACAGUGACGUACUGACGUCGGUACGAAAUCCUGUUUUGGUUGAGUGCUGGAAUCCUCCCCUAGGGGGUCACCACGAACAUUCACUGGCAAGCAAAGCCGAUCUGUGGAGAUAAGCAACAUAGGGUUGUGUGUAGGUGGUAAUCUUAGACAAACAACCAGCAGCGAUCAUCGCUCACCGUCGCCUCCAAGAUGAAGAGAAAGCAACAGUACGGAUCCGUCACCAAUGUGACGAAAAUGCUAUCGGAUCGAUCCUACUGGGAUGUGGAGAGCAUACUUCGGAACCGGCUUCGGGCGGCGCCCCAGUUUGUGGACUUUAUCGACCUGGAAACGGAGCUGAAAGGUCACAAUGGUUGCGUCAACUGUCUGCAGUGGAGCGACGACGGUCAUAUCCUUGCCUCGGCUUCCGACGAUUUGCACGUUAAGCUGUGGGAUCCGUUCCGGCAUACGCAGCUGCACGACAUACUCACCCCGCACGAGGGUAACAUUUUCUCGGUGAAGUUCCUCCCACAACGGGGUAAUUCGGUACUCGCAACCUGUGCCGGCGAUUGCAAAACGUUCGUGUUUGACAUCAACCGACAGACCGAGAACCCCACCAGACGGUGUGUCUGCCACCUGCAUCGUGUCAAACGGUUAGCCACCUCGCCCCGCAAUCCUCACCUGUUUUGGUCGGCGGCCGAAGACGGUUUGGUUUUGCAGCAUGAUAUGCGUGUGCAGCACGCUUGCAAUCAACAGGACAACAACGUCCUCAUCGACCUGCGAAACUAUCUGUGGGUCUCGCCGGAAGUAAAAUGCAUCGCAAUCAACCCACAGCGCCCCGAACAGAUGGCGAUCGGGGCGAACGACUGCUAUGCCCGGGUGUACGAUCGCCGCAUGAUCUCGCUGUCGAGGUUGGGUCCUUCGCAGCUGUACGAUCCGCGGGAAAUUGGCGAUGGUUUGGUGGUGACGACGCGCAUCGACAAGAUCCCCAACGAUGGUUGCGUCAAGUACUUCUGUCCGGGUCAUCUGAAUGGCGACGAGAAGGUCAACAUGCAGUAUAACUUUAAAACUAUCACAUACCUCACGUUCAGUCCGGACGGUACGGAGCUGCUGGUCAACAUGGGUUCGGACCACAUUUAUCUGUUUGAAAUCAACGGCUCCCGUCAGCCUGUGUUCCUAGAGUUGCCAAAGCUUCCACCCACAACCAAUGGGGAGACGAAUGGGUGCGUCGGUGGAGAAAAGACGAAACACAAAUUCCCGCCCGACGUUGAGCAGCUGAAAAUGGAGGGCAACGACAACCAGGAACGGUCCCAGUACCUGCAGGCGAUCAACAAGUACACGCAGGCCAUCCGCAAGGCGAACAAUAAGGAUUGCUCCAUCCUUUACCUCAACCGGGCGACCGCACUGAUGAGGCGCGAUUGGUAUGGUGAUGCUUAUGCGGCCGUUCGUGACUGUCAUACCGCGCUCCGUUUAGAUCCGCACUACGUGAAGGCGUACUUCCGGCUGGCAAGGGCGCUACUGAAGUUGGAACAGUCCAAAGAGGCACAGCUGUGCUUGGAUGAGCUUAUCAAACGGUUUCCUUCGUACGCAAAGAAUCAGGGUGUGCUGCUGCUCGGAAAGGACAUUGGCAUCGAGCUCGACAAGCAGCGUGUACGGGCGUCGGAAAGUCGGUUUUCGAUCUACGAAGGAAACUACUUUCACGACAAAGAAAAAGGUUGGCGAGCAAAGGCGACCGACUAUGAGAAGCGAUUCGUUGGCCACUGCAACACCAAGACGGACAUCAAGGAGGCAAAUUACUUUGGUGAUUCCAACUACAUCGUUGCCGGCUCCGAUGAUGGACGUUUUUAUGUCUGGGACAGACACAGUGGCCUCGUCACCGCUUCGUACAAAGCGGACGAGCUUAUCGUUAACUGCGUCCAGCCCCAUCCGUACGUCUGCCUGCUGGCGACAAGCGGUAUCGAUAAUGAGAUAAGGCUCUGGACGCCCAAGUCACCGGAGGGUAAAUUCGAGCGUAAGGAGAAACAUUUGGAUGCCUGCGUGAGCGAGAACCAGACCCGCAUGAAGGCCGACCCAUUCGAGGAGAUGACCCCCGGGCAGGCGAUUUGUCGGGCCAGUUAGCUUCUAGUGCAACUGAUUGCCAACGUCCUAUAUGUGAUUAAAGCUAGCAUUAAUAAAUUAUUCGCAAAGGUACGGUUUCUAUAACCAACCUAUGGGGAAAGCCGUAAAGCUGGGAAGACAGCGUGCUACUGCAUCUAAAGAUUCAGUGAAAAACAAACCACUCUUCCAACACGAUCGACCAUCACAUUAUUCGGUAGCUUGCACACGAGGGGCCGUUUUUAUACGACGGAUUUUAUUUUCAAAUUUUAAAAUCAUUUAGUACGAACUCACUGCGAUAUCAGUUUGGCGUGUAACCUUACGCCGAUAGAAAUAUCAAAUUGCCUCAAUUUAUUGAGAUAAGGAUUCAGAACUCUUAGAGUAUGCCUAAGCAUCAUCCCGCGAACUCCCAUACACCUAGCUACCUUGUUCAAUGUUUAAAGGCGAAAAGCAUCAUCCUGGAGGUUGAUGUAUUUCAUCUUUUCUCCAGUCUCAAAUUUUAACCUUUAUUUUCUAGGUUUCUUAUCGUUGUUUAUUAAACAUCUGUUUAUCUUACUGGGACAAAUCGAAAUGUUUGUUGGAAUAAUAAAAAAAAAAAACGCAGCCGUAGUCGGGAAAAACAUAACUGUAUGAUAGUAUGAAUAAAAGAUAUAUAAUGCAAUUAUACCCACUUCCAAGUCGGCUAGAACGGUAACUGUAACACUCAGCCUAUAUUUAAAGUAAAAAAAACCCAGAGGCAGCAUAGAAAUCGUAAGGAAUAAGCAAGAAAUAAACCAUGCAGUACUUGGUUUUACCAACCACCUC